GUUAGGACGAUCGGCCGCCAACCUCUGAUUAAUUGUAGUACAGUAAGGUGCAACACUCCCGAUGCCAUUCUCCAUUGCAGCAAAAUAGCCUUUGCACGUUAAGCGUUCAUUGAAGGUUAGGGAUAGUCACAAGCUUAACCGAUUCUGAAAGACGUUUGGCAGGAGGACCCUUCCCGUCUGCCGAUCGAUUUGCAGAGAAUGGAUAAACAACUCCAGAUCACGAAGCAGCAGUUCCAGGCCUUGUUAGAUCGGGCCAACAAGCGCUUUGGCAAGUUGCGUGACCUACAGACUCGUGGCGACCACUCUUGGAGCGUAGCGCAAGCAUCCUUCCAUAAGACAUUUGACUCCUUCUCGAGGCUGUGGCAGUAUCAACUUAGCAACAGGCCCGCGCUGCUAGAAACCGGCUUGCAACGCUCCGAUCUCGGCUGCAUCGCCAGCAAAAUCGGACAGCUCUACUACAACUACUAUCUCCGGUCCGGCGACACGAGCGCCCUGCUCGAGAGCUACACCUUUUACGACGCAAUCCACACGCGCCAGUACUUCGCAUCGGCCGUUACUACCUCGCCGGCCACCGGGUCAACGACCUCAACGGCCAACAACCCACCAACCGCC